AUGGAGAAGAUGAUGAUUAGAGACAGAGAAGCCUUGAAUGUUGACGAAUCCUCAAACCUAACCUUUGUCUCUUUACUUGGCCGAGGGGGUUUCGGUUCCGUCUCUCUCAUGAGGGAUUCCAACUUCCGAUUAUACGCAGAGAAGUCGUCGCCGCUCGAUUUCCUGAGGAAUCUGGAGAAAGAGCACAGGAUCAUGCUUCGUUUCCGAAACCAUCCUCGCAUCGUCCAAACGGCAAGCCCUAAUCUCCACAUAGGCACCAAUCCCGAACGAUGCUUCAUCUACAUGGAGUUUGCCUCCAAAGGUACUCUCCAGAAGAUGAUCUCCGAGUUCCGUGGGAGACCAAUGCCUGAAUCUGUGAUCGGACACGCCGCUCUUAUGAUCCUACAAGGAAUCGAGGCUCUUCACUCACACGGCUACGUUCACUGCGACAUAAAGCCAGACAACGUUCUCGUCUUCCCUUCCAAGACUGUUGGGGAGCCGUGGGAUCUCAAGCUCGCUGAUUUCGGUUUAUCCAAGGAGCCCUGUCAGGAUUCGAGGUCGUUGUAUGGUGGCACGAAGCAGUACAUGCCUCCGGAGUCUUGUGGACCCAACAGAGUGAUUGGACCGGCCGUUGACAUAUGGUCUCUAGGGUGUGUGGUUCUUCAGAUGUUUGGAGGCUGUCCAGAGAGGAUGGGAGAUUGUUACACGUGGAGGCUUCCCAAACGUGUCUCGCCUAUGGCCAGCGACUUCUUGAGGCGGUGCUUGGAUUUGCAGCCGUCACGAAGAGCCACCGCAGCGGAGCUGUUGAACCAUCCUUUUGUUAAGCAAAGAGUGAUGAGUGUUCCACCACGGCCAACGAUGCUUCCGUGUCUUUCUCCUCUCAUGUUUGCUUCUGUCGCAAGGAACAAUGGGAUGGAGGGAUAUUCUGCAAGACAAGGAAGACCGGUGAUGAUGAUGGUUCCAAGACCCAAAAAUUUGAUCUGCUGA